UGAUCUUCAUUGGAACAAGAAUAUUAUCAAUAAAAGACUUGGCUUCGGCCUUUCAUGCGAACCUAUAUGUAUAUGAAGAAAAUGAAACAUGAAGAACACGAAAUACUACUUUUAUGGGAAAUUGUACUUUUUAUGUUUGAAGAUGAAGAUUAUAUAAAUACUUAGCAUGACUUUGAACAAGUUGUGUAACGUGAAGAAUAGAAAAAUAAAAAUGAAGACUUGGCUGUAUGGGCUUUUGACCCCUUUGCCUGUCCAGAUGGACGAAUAGAACCAAAAAAAAAAUCUCUUUGGUACCCGUGUUUUGACUUUUGAAAUUUGAUGUUUGAGUUUCCAUUCCUGUAAUUAAUAUUUAUGUACCAUGUCGUUUUAACCUAUUUUUUAGUAUCACGUGUACUGUUACUUAUAAGUGAGACAAUUUGUACAAAAUCUUUAAUACAUAGCAAAUAAUGACUCAACGAACAAUAGACAAAGUAUAUAAAAAAUCUAAUCAAAAACCUUAUCCAAUCAUUGUAAACUAUCAACAUGCAUACCCGACGGAUGAAUUUCAAAGUUAUCCAUGUACAUUGCUUAAAAAUACCGAAACCGAUCAAAAAACUCUAGUUACUGAAACAGAUGGCUUACUAUAUGCUGGAGAGGAAGACGAUGAUAACUUAGGCCAAACUUUACUUCUUGUUAGGGAUAAGUCGUCUGGCAAAGUUAGAUUAAUCGAAUCAAGUUAUAUUGAGUUGAGACCUAUCUUAAAAGAAGAUUUAAAUAUAAACGACACCCAGGUAUUAGAGACAAGUAAUUUGGAGUUAAGUAGAAAAUUUGGUUCUAAGAAGCAAAGACAGCAGAUGGAACAAAGAGAAAAACUAAAAAUGAAUAUGGAAACAGUGACUGAACAGGUUAAAAAAGCCACGGAGAAGGUGAAGUCGGAACAACUGGAUUUAACAUCUUACAACAAUAGCUUAAACUCUGAUGACUUCUAUAUACCAGAUAUUAAUAGAAAUGCUACCCGGGUGGAGGAUGUUUAUGAUUUUGACAAAAUAUUGACAGAGGAACAAUUUUCUCAAAUAGCUUCAGAAAUUGAGUCAAAAGACUACAUAUCUGAGAUGCUACCAUUUAUCCAAAAUAUUGUAAGCAAUAGUAAUUCAAUCAAACACCAAGUACUUGGUUUAUAUGCAGAUAGCUUAGCUAAGUUAUACAUAAUGAUGGUUAAAGACAUCAACAGAAAAGGUUUUACUAUAUGUAAAUCAUCAAAUACAUUGAACAAGCAUAUAUUGGAGAAUUUCUUGACAGUAUCGGGUAGAAAGUAUGGCCGUCCUCCACAGUACAAGGAUAAAAUUAUAUGUCAUGCUAUAGUGCUUUUAUUAUUAAUAAAUAAUUUUAAGAUAAGUCUAGAUGAAGUUUGUGAAAUGUUUAAGUUGAUGCCAUCAACUAGUGCUUUGAAGGUGAGAGUGACUGGUGCUAUAAUUGUGAACACAGACAGUAAGAAAUUUGUGCAAUUAAAACUACCUCUAAAUAAUAAAGGAAUAUAUCGGAGGAAAAGUACACAUUUUUGAAAAAAAUACUGCUGUUUUCUUAUUUUGAUGCUAUCACAGUUAGUGGACUGGACACCACUAAAACAAUAGUUAAGACAAGCUCCUGGUGCUUAUCUGGAAUAUGAGAUCUGUAUAAAUGCAAGGAGUUGUUCAUUAAGUAAUAUCUUUUUUAUUCAUGAAAACCACCAUCAUUGUCAUUUGGUAGUGUAAUGCUCAUCCACAAAGU